AUGGCAGAACUAGAACAGCUGUCGCCCCACCGAUUGUCCAAUGACGAAUUGAGUCUCAAACCACAGAAAUCGAACGACCAGUUACCCUUGAACCAGCUUCUCCACCCGGCCAAGUCAAAGCCCGUGUUUAGCUAUGAACCUGAAAUCUUCAACCUCUGCAUUACGUACUUGAAAGAAAAGAAUCACCAUGGGUUGGCGCUCUUGGCAAGACAGAAGGGAGUACCUCCCUUUCUCCGAUUCAAGGUGUGGCCCGUAUUGUUGAAGUACCAUCCGUUUGUUUUGAAUCCAUUUCUCCAACCUGAUAAUAUAGAAGACGAGGAAAAGAAGAAGAAGAAAAAACACUCCGCUAGCACCGAAGAUACAACUGAGGAGCAUGACAAAACGGACUCUGCCUCGAUGGCUUCCCAAAGCAAAGCUGGAAGUCUUGCUACUGCAUCUGGUGGUGAUGAAGAGAAGUCCGAACCAGACUCAGACUCAGAAUUGAGACUGAACAUACAAAAAGACUUGAAAAAGUACAUUCAGAGGCUCAAUUUCAAUAAUAAAGAAAAACCUCUUUCGGACACGGAGCAAGAGAUUUUCCAGAUCUUGGAGAGUGCUAUUCUCAAAUUUAUUAAGAAAUGGGGUGAAAUCAUCAAGUAUGAUAAAGCUAUGGCGUGGGUGGCUCUAGGAUUGGCUGAGUGGUUCCCACCUAUCCCUAAGACUUCAUGGGUAUUAGUUGGUAGAAAUAUCAGCUCUACCGACAGGUGCUACAAGAGCGUGUUUGAGGACUUCAAUGAGUUCAUUAAAAACGAAAGUGAUGAAAUAGGUUUAGAAUCUACUUUAAAUGAAUUAAUUGAAGACGAGACAAUCUCAAACAUGAAGUUCCAGGAUGUCUUUGAAAGAUUGACUUUGGUACUAUUGCACUCUCCAGAAAAGGGAGCGGGCACAAGCCAUGAGAAUGGUAACAAGAAAAUCAAUAAGAGCACUUUGCCCAUAAACGGAGGCUCUAUAGAAGAGAGGGUUUCUUUCUUCAUAUAUUUGUUGAGAAAGUUGCUACCAGAAUUAUCAACGUAUUUUCAAGAGGAGCAAAUUUUGAAUAAAUUUGGUUCGCAUGACGAUGAGUGGUUGAUCUGGUGGUUGAAAUGGUGUGGAUCCAAAGUGUGGUCCAGAUAUGAUAGAGGUAGGAUCUGGGAUUUGAUGCUUGGCUACAAGAACAAUGACAAUAGUCAUCACAGCAAGAAAUUGAGUAAAUUGAAGCUUGACUCCAUUCAAUUGGCAAAAUUGGGUCCUGAUAAUUUCUGGUCUGCCAUAGACAUAAACGAAGGAGCCAACGUGAACCAAGCUGCGAAUGUCAGUAGCAACUCUUCCAAUGACACGUCUGUUUCGUCAUCAUAUUCAAACGAGCAAGUGAUUCAUAAAGCGAAUUCGUUCAAAGACCUAAUUGCAGGAUUAAGAGAUGAUGAUCAGCAACAGCAACUGUCUAAUAUCGUUAGUAAUGCUAACAAUAUACCGAGUAUAUCCAGAAGGUCGUCAUCUUCGUCAGUGUCUUCAAAUUCAUCCCAAGAAAUUCCGAUUUCGAGAUUGGAUCCACACAUUGAAUUGAUAUUCAUCUCAUUAGCAUUACUCAAAUCAAAGGAACACACCCUUGUUGAAUUGGACCAACAUGAAAUCAGACAGUACUUGUCCAAAUUACCCUCCAAAAGCUACAAUCCAAGUGAUAAAUAUAAGCAACAUAUAAUGAAGAAGGAGAUGGAAAAAGAGAAGAAGGAGAAGGAAAAGGAAAAGGAAGAGAAAGAGAAGGAAGAGAAGGGCAAGGGGAAAGAUGUGAAAGAUAAGGAAGAGAAAGAUAAGGAAACUGAAUCAUUGCUCAGCGCUCAAAUUGCACAGGUUGAAUUGAGCAGUGUUAGUAAUAACACCUGGAAGCGACUAUCCUCUGCAUCAUCCACCACCACGGAACUUAGUGGAAAUGUACAGCAACAGUAUAACUACAAAGUCAACUAUAUAGACAAUGUUAUUUGUGAAGCUGGAGAGCUCUGGAGGAAAUGGUUAUGGAGAGAAAUGAUGGAAGAUGAUAGGUAG